ACUAUUUCAGCAUUGUUUGAAAAUAUUUUUAAAUUUAAAGCUCAUUACAAAGGAAGUUACAUAGGUUUUGUGGAUAAUUAACUUUUUUGCAAGGGAAGCAUUGUGUACUCAAUGAGGAGGUGCUUUAGAUUGUUAAAUUUUUUAACACCACUGAAGAUGGAAUCCAAAGAGUUGGCUUUAAUUAUCAUAUUAAUCAUCUCAGGAGAACUUCAUGCUGAAGAGAAACCCUGUGAUCUUCCCACUAUGGAGAAUGGAAGAAUUGCCCUCUUUUACUAUACUUUUAAAAGUUACUACUUUCCAAUGGGCAUCGCCAAAAAACUGCCCUUCUUCUGCUUGGCUGGCUAUACGACUGAAGCUGGGAAACAAGAAGGACAGAGCACAUGUACAGCAGAAGGCUGGUCUCCGGAACCCAAGUGCUUCAAAAAAUGCACCAGGCCUGACGUGGAAAAUGGUUAUGUCUCCGAUAUAAAGUUAUUGUACAAAAUUCAAGAGAAUAUGCUCUAUAACUGUGCUUCAGGAUACAAAACCAUGGGAGGGAAGGAGGAAGAAGUUGUUCAAUGUCUCUCCAGUGGAUGGUCUUCUCAACCAAGCUGUAGAAAGGAACAUGAAACAUGUUUGGCCCCUGAAUUAUCUCAUGGAAAUUAUUCCACAACACAGAAAACGUUCAACGUGAACGAUAAAGUGCAAUACGAAUGUGCUCCUGGCUUCUACACAACUGGAGGGAGGAAGACGGAGGAGGCAGAGUGCCACACCUAUGGGUGGUCUCUCACGCCCGCAUGUACCAAAUUAAAGUGCUCUUCCUUAAGGUUAAUUGAAAAUGGUUAUUUUCAUCCUGUAAAGCAAACCUAUGAAGAAGGAGAUGUGGUUCAGUUCUUUUGUCAUGAAAAUUAUUAUCUAAGUGGAUCUGAUUUAAUUCAGUGCUAUAAUUUUGGUUGGUACCCAGCAUCUCCUGUAUGUGAAGUUGAGUUUAAUGGAGCAUUUUGUAUUUCAGAGCCAUGUACUGUCAAUGUGGAUGAUAUGAACAGACAUAACAUAGAGAUGAAGUGGAAAUAUGAAGGAAAGGUCUUACAUGGAGAUUUAAUAGAUUUUGCAUGCAAAGAGGGCUAUGACUUACCUCCAUCCAGCACCCUGUCUGAGUUAUCAGUGCAUUGUGAUAGAGGGGACGUGAACUAUCCUGUGUGCAUCAAGAAAGAAUUUCGAGAAAUGUGCACAUCUCCUCCACUCAUUAAAAAUGGUGUCAUUAUUAGUUCAGCAGCUGACACCUAUGAAAAUGGUUCCUCAGUAACCUACCAAUGUUUCCAACACUAUUUCCUACAAGGAUCUCGAAAUGCCUACUGCUUAGAGGGACAGUGGACUCCAGCACCGCUGUGUUUAGAGCCUUGCACUUUAUCUUUUGUUGCCAUGGAAAAUAAUAAUUUACGCCUGAAAUGGGAUUUUGACAAUAGACCAUAUAUUCUCCACGGCGAGUAUAUUGAGUUUCUUUGUAGAAGAGAUACUUAUCUGGCCGAGUCAUCUAUUACAGGAUCUGAACUAAGAGUGCGAUGUGAGAGAGGACAGUUAAAAUAUCCAUGGUGUGCUCCCAGAGAAAGGAGGAAAAAAAGAAUUCCACAGGCUUCUGUCUUAUCAACAACCCACAAGGACAUAAAAUGAAUGGCAGAAAGGAUAAUUUUCCAGGACAUUACAAACGUUUUAUAAAACAUCAUUUUUUAAGAAGUAAAAUGCUGAAUCUCAAACUCAUAGCUUUGGAAAAGUGAUGUGCUCUGUAGUUCAUUUAACUCACAGUAAACGUUUAAAAUAAAAACCCAAAACAAAAAUGAAAAAACAAAACCAAAAAAAGUUACCAUGAAAAAGAAGUUACCAUAAAACCCAGAUCUUUUUACAUGUUUGAAGAUUUUAAUCUAAAGUGUUCUUGUUAAACAUUGUCUUCAUUUUAAAAUUAAAGAAAAAACUGUUGCUUUUUCAUUUGCAGUUUGAAUGAUAGAAAUGUAAGUUAACUUUUAUUACAUGCUCGCUCUUUAUUAAAUAUUGAUCAGCAUA